AUAUGAUCAAAGUGAAUCAGUGCUGCAGAUCCAUUAGCUUCUCGUUUUCUUCAAUAUGACGUAGUAUGAUGUCAUGUAACUGUGACGCAGAGUUAUUGAGAAGUAUAAAAAACACCAAAAGAGUAAUGUGCGUUCACAGUAUCAGAGCUCUCAUAUCCCUUCCUAAGUUUCUCCAUGUUACUUCACAGGCAGCGGCCGAUCAAUCGGGAAUUCCGACUUUUCCCACUUUUCAUCUGGCUGCAGCUAGUUUUCUUGACAGAUUGAUUUUUUCCCACCGGAUAGCCGGACGGUAUCCCUGCCUCCUUCCCUUUUGAGGGGAGAGUUCUUUUCCCCUUCCUCCCAUUGCUCAGUCUUUUUCCGUUAGAUAGAAUGUAACUUUAUGCGCGUCUACCUGUCUCCCGUCUAGUUGCUUCUGGAUAGUAUAACGGCCCGCAGUUCGCAUAAUUACUUCUUUACGUGAUGCAUGAUUCAUCAUCGCUCCUACCUAAGCUACCUAGACCACAAUUUUCCUAAGCUCUCGAUUGGCAUGUCGCGUUUCCCGCUUGUGGCGCGCAGUAUUCUGUCACCUGCCAUCGUCGGGGAUAUAUAGCGAUGGUUAUCGUUUUAUCAAUGUGCUACCGAGGAAUUCGCGUGGGAGAAAACACCUCGACGGCUGGUCCGGUGAUCAGUCCUCGUCGGUAGCAUAGACGUACGAGGCAUCCCUUCGGAUCCUGGUGUUGACGAUUGCAUCUGGAUCCCUGCGCUCAAGAUUGUUUUUCGAUUCAGCUAUCGUGACUAUCGUUCGCUAUGUACGAGACAAGAGACGAGAAGCAACAAGGCCUCGAUAACGUCGCCUUUCAAAUAGAUGAGCCUCACAUCGUGAAAAAUGGCAAGCGAACGUAUUAUGUCAAUGACUCAACGACCGACCUGGACAUACAGGUGGUCGAAUCGGGCAAGGAACGCGCGACGUGGAAUAAUAGUGUGGAAUUCCUCAUGUCUUGCAUCGCCGUGUCUGUCGGUUUCGGUAAUAUCUGGCGAUUCCCGUUUACGGCGUACGAGAACGGCGGCGGUGCCUUCCUCAUUCCGUACGUGAUUCUGCUCUUCCUGGUAGGAAAACCGUUCUACUUCUUGGAAAUGAUCAUCGGACAGUUUUCCGGCAACUCGUCCGUCAAAGUUUGGAGCAUGUCGCCUGGCUUCGUUGGGGUUGGAUGGGCGCAGUUCUCCUCGACGGUAGCAUUAGCGACCUACUAUAGCUCGCUAAUGGCAUUGACGCUUUAUUAUUUAAUCGCGUCCUUUUCUGCUCAAUUGCCUUGGGCUACUUGUCUCAAGGAAUGGGGCGACACAUGCAUCGAUUCCAGUACCAAGAAAAACCACAAUCUUAACGCGACUGAAGGAAACACCGACAUUCUUGAUAAUUUUUUAAACAGCAACAGCAAGCUUCAAAGCUCGGCUGAGUUAUAUUUUACACGAGUGGUUUUGCACGAAAAGGAAAACAUCGACAACGGAAUCGGAUGGCCAGACUGGAAAUUGACGCUUUGUCUUCUCGGCAGCUGGACGGCGGUUUGCAUCGUGCUUUUUCAAGGUGUAAAGAGCUCUGGGAGAUUCUCUUAUUUCCUGGCCAUUUUUCCGUACGUCGUGCUGAUUGCGCUGCUGAUCCGCGCAGUCACUCUGGACGGCGCGACCGAUGGAAUUCUCUAUUUUAUCACCCCGAAAUGGUCGAAACUUCUGGAACCAACCGUCUGGUAUGCCGCCGUGACACAGUGCUUCUUCUCGCUCUCGGUUUGCUUCGGUAGCAUCAUCACGUAUUCCUCUCACAACGGUUUCAAGCACAACAUCUACAGAGACGUAAUGAUAAUCACUUCAUUGGACACAAUGACGAGUUUAUUGGCCGGUUGCACUAUAUUCGGGAUCCUUGGCAAUCUGGCGUACGAGUUAGAUGUGGAAGAUAUAUCUAAAGUAGUCAGAGGCGGCGCUGGUCUGGCAUUUAUAUCUUAUCCUGAUGCGAUAGCAAAGUUCAGCUUUCUGCCGCAGUUAUUUGCUGCUCUGUUUUUUGUGAUGAUGUUCGUGCUUGGCGUCGGUAGUGCUGUGGGGAUGACUACGGGAAUCAUCACUGUGAUAAGCGAACAGUUUCCAAAGCUGAAAACUUGGCAAAUCGUGGUUCCAGUGUGUUCUCUGGGAUUUUUACUGGGCACAGUUUACGUAACACCGGGCGGUCAAUUCAUUUUGACCUUAGUGGAUUAUUAUGGUGCUUCAUUCGUCGUUUUCAUCCUUGCGUCAUUUGAAAUGACCGGAGUAAUAUGGGUUUACGGCUUAGAGAACUUUUUGGAAGACGUGGAAUUUAUGUUGGAUCGAAAGUCGAGCGCCUACUGGAGAAUAUGUUGGUUCAUAGUGACGCCGUUGUUAUUGAUAACGAUCUUCAUUUAUACGGUGGCCACUCUGUCGCCUUUGACUUAUGGUGGAAUAUCAUUGCCAUCAUCUGCGCACGCUGCCGGAUGGACGAUACUCUGCAUAGGUGUUCUCCAGAUACCGUUGUGGAUGUUCAUUAAGGUGCUGAAGAAUCGGCAGCUGCCGUUCACGCAGAUGGUGAAGAAAGCCUUCGCACCCGCGAGCGGAUUUGGUCCACGAGAAGUGCAGCAGCACAAAGAUUGGAAGAUCUUUAAAAGAGGAGAGAGCGAGAGCUAGGGAGAAAAGAACGCAGCCAUAUUGGAAGCAAAUACUUUAUAUUCUUCUUAAUAAGGAACCAAAGUAGAGCACACGAUUCUGUACAAACUCGGAAAUGCUUUAGAAUUCAAAUUUUUGCAGUUAUUUUUGCCAUGGCAGGAUCCAUGGCAGAAUCGCGAAAACGGAUUAUUCCGCGAAGUUCCUUAACUCCUUAAUUGCGGGCAGCUUUCCGAAAAGCCUUAUUCUUUUUAUUAUUUAACUUAGUCAAAUAAUAUAUGAAAAAAAUAGUCCAGUUACCACAACUUUGUUUGUACUAUUUUAUAUAUUUUAUAUGAAAUUUUAUGAAAUUGUCAAAUUAAGAAAAUAAAAAAAAAAUUAAAAAAUAUAUAUAAUUUCCACGCGUAGUUACGCACUCGUAUUUAGUUAUAUCGUAGUUAAGGAGUUAACAAUUGAGUGCCUGAAGCUUAACUUUCAUUAGCUAUCUUGUAAAUGCAUUUUUGAGUGUAAUGUUGCACUGUGUGCAACA